GUACACACCACGGUCCGACGCUGUGGGCGGGGACAAACUCAGGGAGUGUGUAUGCUUACGCGUUGGAGGUCCCGGGUGUGGCGUCGGGCCGUGGACGGCCGGGGGGUGAGGGGAGCGGCUGUGUGGAGGCCGUGUUGGGGAAAGAGAUCCAGCUGAUGCACAGGGCUCCGGUCGUGUCCGUCUGCGUUCUGGACGGACGGGGGAAACCGUUACCAGAACCUUACCAAGCCUCUCUGGACCUGGCUACUGCUCCAGACAUGACUAACCCACACUCUGUCCUCAUCGCUUCAGAGGAACAACUCAAGGUGUUCAGUCUUCCUAAGGUCGGUGCGAAGACCAAGUUCAAGCUGACGGCUCAUGAGGGUUGUCGUGUGCGGAGGGUUGCCAUGGUGACGGUGUGUUCCACAGCCCAGGAGGACUACAGUGAGACCAGUCUGGUCUGUCUGACCAACCUUGGAGACCUGCACCUGUUUAACGUACCUGCCCUACGGCCACAGGUACGUUAUGACUGUAUCCGUAAAGAGGACAUCAGUGGCAUCGCUUCCUGUGUCUUCACAAGGAACGGGCAGGGGUUCUACCUGAUCUCUCCAUCAGAGUACCAGCGUUUCUCCCUGUCAGCUAAAGUCAUCACAGAACCUCUGUGUACUGUGGAGCUGGAGAGACCUCUGGAGACACACAUCAGCGACGACGCAGCCAUACCUCUCCGGGCCAACGGAACUCACCGGAACCAGGCUGAAGGGUUAACCGAGGACCCCCAGUGUGGCCUGUCCUCCCCGCCUCCCUCUCCCCUCUGGACUCCCCCUCAGCAUGGCUGA